CUCAUCCUACGCGCCAACGAACCUUCACCUACCACAUUCGCUCCGUCAACACACAUCUCACACCGUAGUUCUUCCACAACUCCAAUACCAACACCAUGCAUCUUAUGUACAUCCCCGACCCGGCAAACCCGGCCAAGCGCAUCUACACGCUGAAGAAGGUCAUCGAUGGCGAAGUCAGCAAGAGCGCGCAUCCCGCUCGUUUCUCCCCCGACGACAAGUACUCGAGGCACAGGGUCACCAUCAAGAAGCGCUACGGACUGCUUUUGACACAGCAGAAGAACAUGGUCGCUGAGAAGAACUAAGCGCAUGAGGAUGUACGAUGAAUGUUAUCACACGGACAGAGGACGGCGAUGAGGGCUGAUGAUUUGGUGUGCGAAGUAGCUGGGGACGCGAGAGGGGAUGUCGCGAGAGGCGAGCAAGAGGUGGAGGCAUGACAAGGGCGUUCAACGGCGUAUUGGCGAACGAAAAGUCUUCAGACACGCGCCGACUUACUUCAUGGCGGUACGGAGCGCCUAGGUUUUCUCUUCAAUGGGCAAAAUGGCAGGUUUUUGAAUGCGACGAUUACUAUCAUUCUUUCACAAGCAGGUCGUGCGUGUUUGCUAACUGAGUGAUCUGUGUCAUGUGCUUCAUCGCUACAUCGUAUGUUAAUCUGCAGGAUUGACUCGCGACAAGUGCUCGACGCUCAUGAUUCAAAGUUAUAAAAUUAUGUAGGUAUUAUAGCUAAGAUAUACAU